AUGGCUGCACAACAACAAGAACUAGAUGAGAAGAACCCAUUCUAUGAGUUAGUUGUCAUUUGUAGUACUUCUGGUCAAUUCGAUCAAACCGUCAAUUCGUUCAAAGAUAUUAUAAAAAAGUCUAAGUUAGUAUGUAUAAAAGACUCUGAGUUGUUAGAUUGGAUAAAGAAGUACCAAAGAAGAGUUUUGAAGUAUAAUGCUAUAAAUGAGUAUAUAAAUUCUAAGUUUAAAGACCCAAAUGAGGAAAUGCAGAGAAUAUUAGAGAAGAAACACUUCAGAAACAAACAGAAAGAGAUAGAAUACAUUUCGAAGAAAUUGCAAUCUUACGAUUGGAAGACAUACCCUCAUAGAUGUCUUCUUAUCUUAGAUGACUUUGCUUCUCAUCCUUUGUUAAAGAACAGAGAACAAGAUAUGUGUCGAAUUCUUAAGAAGCUCAGACACUUUAACAUCUCAGUUGUCAUUUGUGUACAGACAGCCAAGAGUUUAAGUAAGGAUGUAAAGAGAAUACUUACUGACAUAAUACUUUUCCCUGGAUUGUCCGAAGACGAUUUCAUGGAACUUAUGAAAGAGUCCAUGGCAGGUAAGUUUGACAGACAUGAACUAUGGGAGAAGUACAAAGUCAUACAAGACCCUCAUACUUCUUUCAGAAUUCACAUCUACGCGAACAAAGUUCAAAUUGUAAAAAGUCAGCAAAAAUAA